GGGCCCGCGCAACGAUGGCCGCACUAAAUACCGCCCGGUGGUAUCAAGCACAUCCGGCGACGGCUAUUAGCAGAAUGGCGGCCGGCAAAAACGGCGCACCCGACACCAUCAACAGUGGCAACGAUCCCGCCAAGCGCGGCGUCCGAUCCAUCGCCACCGUAAACUGCGCCAGCAACAGAGUGGCCGCGGCCAGCGUCGACCAUCGAAGUCAACGAGGCGUAGUUAAUUGCUUUCUACGAUUUAUUUUCCUUCGCAACAUUUUCAUUCUCCUCAUCGUCGUCAGCAGUCUGCUAGUGUCAACGACAGAUGCGGUCAUCUCCAGUCGUGGCAGCAGCAGCAGCAGUAAGAGCAGUUCGUCGCCAAACAACGGGCUGGUGCCACGGUUUAUCUCUAGGGGGCACACUUACCGGGCGGUGGUCGGGGACACCCUUGUGCUACCGUGCGAGGUUGAAAAUCUGGGAACGCUGGUGCUGCUGUGGCGACGAGGCUCGAAUGUGCUCACCGCGUCCCAGCUGAUGGUAACGCGCGACGAGCGAAUACGGCUUGUCAACGGGUAUAAUCUGGAGAUCUCCGAGCUGGAACCGCAGGACGCCGGUGACUACGUCUGUCAGAUCAGCGACAAGGUCAACAAGGACCAGGUGCACACGGUGGAAAUUCUCGUGCCACCGAGUGUCCGCGCCAUCCCACCGACGGGCCAGGUGACAGCUCGCAAAGGCGGCGCCGUUACGCUCGAGUGUAAAGCGUCCGGUAAUCCGGUCCCAUCCAUCUACUGGACCAAACGCCAGAGUGGUGCCGGAAAAUCGGCGGCCAAGAUCGGCGAAGGACCCGUCCUGUCGCUGGAGCGCGUCGAACGUCAGCAGGCCGGCGUGUAUCAGUGCACCGCGGACAACAGUGUCGGUGAUCCGGUCACCGUGGACAUGCGGCUGGACGUGUUGUAUCCGCCGGAUAUCAGCGUGGAAAAGUCGUGGAUCCACUCGGGCGAGGGGUUCGAGGCGCAGCUGGAGUGUAUCGUGCACGCGGAUCCGCAACCGACGGUCUCAUGGAAUCAGAACUCAUUUCCGCUGCAGCCAACCGACCGGCGUACGAUGUCGUCCAGAGGCAACCGACACACGCUCACCAUUCUCCACGUGCAGCAGGAAGACUUUGGCAACUACAGCUGCGUUGCGGAUAACUCGCUCGGAAGGUCGAAAAAGUACAUGGAAGUGUCGGGACGGCCGGGACCGGCCGACUUUCUGUCGCCACCGUGGAGCCGCUCGACGGACACCUUCAAUCUGACCUGGAAAGUGGAGAGCUACCCGCCGCUGCAGGAGGUCCGGCUGCUCUACCGGAAGCUCAUGAUGAACGAGACAUUCCAGCAACCGGGACGAUGGCACGACGUCAUCCUCACGCCGGCUCCCCGACCCCCAUCGGAGCCGUUGACGCACGUCAUGGCCUUUACGCUGCGCGGCCUACAGCACAGCUCCGUGUACGAGGCCAUCGUGCAGGCGAAGAACCGAUACGGCUGGAACGAGGUGAGCGACAUCUUCCAGUUCUACACGCAACGGUUAACGUCCGACAUCCACUCGGAGGAGAUGCAGGUGGCCAGCUCAACAUCGCGCUCCGGUGCCACAUCACUCCACCGGUCCACCGCGCUCCGAUCAACGACGGCCUGGUUGGCGCUGAUGGCGUUACUUCCGGUCAUCCCUUGGCUCAUGACAACGUUCGGCGCUCUUCUGGCCGGCACGCUCUCCAAUCCAUCCCAUCGCGCCGUCAUCUAAGAACGAUCACCGACGGCAGAUCGCGCCCAAGAGUAGAGGUCCCCAUCUGUCCAAACCGUUCUCCGAGACACAUCACUACCCUCCCCCCUCCCCUCGCCCGAGGCACUCAUUACGGCGCAACUCAGCUCACAGCUCGUGGUAGGCGUUGGUUGGUUCCGAGGGGAACGACACUCGCCACGACGACGGUAAAGUCGCAUUAGCCGGUAGACACAAUCCGCACCUAACGUAAUCGGCAAGCCGAUGGCAAGCCAGCUAGAGAAAUUAUAUCAUAGCGAAAGGAUCGACCGCAUCAUCUCAUCGCCGGUUAGGUGAUUCGAGGUAAAUAGUAGCUACAUUUCAACACUGGAUCGCAGAUAGUAUGUUCCAUCAGCUUUCUUUGGGAAACCAUCCAAAAAAAACCAAAAAGGGCACGAAAUAGACAUAAAGCAAGAGUGGAGCGACGGAGAAGAUUGACAUAGUCAUCGCGUCGGAACGGCCGGGAGUAAUACAUACAGUCAGUCAGGAUAUUAUCCGCACAGUCACAAAUUUAAUCUUUAAGCCUGGUUAUCUGAGCGAAUACGAGACCUAGGACAACCGUUUAAACGACAUAUCGUAGGUAAACCACUAUUUUGUA